AUAUAAUAUAAUAAACCGGAGGAAGAAGCGGAACCGGGAAAUUCGCCCGGGAUCAACCCAGAAAGAUGGACAAGGACGCCGCCGCCGUUGACUCCAAUUCUGAUCUGAUUUUGCAUCUCGCCAUUGAUAUUGGAGGUUCUCUCAUUAAGUUGGUGUGCUUCUCAAAUAACAGUAGCUUCUCUUUAGAUGAUGAUGGAAUGAGGUUAACAAAGGAAAAGAAAGUCUCAAAUGGCGAUGUGAAUUACCAUUUUCUACAGGGCAGUCUCCAGUUUGUGAAGUUUGAAACCAUCAAGAUCGAUGAUUGUAUAAAAUUCCUCGCAUCAAAGAAAAUUAAUAUCAGUGGUAUGCGCUUUUGGGGGAUAUGUUUUCUAUUUCAAACGUGUAAAGCAUGUAUCUACCCUUUUGGGUAGAGGUAAGGUCCGCAUACACAUACGGCUUUGAGGGAUUUAUGGGUUGUUUUAUUUGUUGUAUUCUCUCUCUUUCUCUUCCCUAAUGAGAUUGAUUAUGUAUAGUCAUAGAUGUUCUUUUCGGGUCAAGUGAGUUUAGUAUUUAAAGAUUAAGGCAAUUACAGGUGGUAGAUGUUUGGAGGCUCAUACCCCACACCAGAACGUCACGAUUAAGGCCACAGGUGGCGGUGCAUUCAAGUUUGCUAAUUUAUUCAAAGAAAAGCUUGGAAUCACUCUCGACAAGGUUGAUGAGAUGGAUUGCCUUGUUGCUGGAGCAAAUUUUCUGCUCAAGGCAGUCCAGCAUGAAGCUUUUACACACAUCAACGGUCAGAAAGAGUAUGUGCAGAUAGAUCAAAAAGAUUUAUACCCUUAUUUGCUCGUAAAUAUUGGAUCUGGUGUUAGCAUGAUAAAGGUGGAACGGGACAACAAGUUUGAGCGAGUUAGUGGGACAAGUGUUGGAGGUGGCACCUUUUGGGGCUUGGGGAAGCUUUUGACCAAGUGCAAGAGUUUUGAUGAGUUACUUGAGUUGAGUCACAAAGGAAAUAACAAGGUUGUAGACAUGCUUGUUGGAGACAUUUAUGGAACGGAUUAUUCAAAGAUUGGACUGGCAUCAACUGCCAUUGCUUCUAGCUUUGGGAAGGCAAUCUCACAAAACAAAGAGCUGAAUGAUUACAGACCUGAAGAUAUUUCCCGAUCAUUGUUACGGAUGAUCUCCAAUAAUAUUGCACAGAUUGCUUACUUGAACGCAUUGCGUUUUGGGCUCAAGCGGAUAUUUUUCGGAGGGUUUUUUAUACGGGGACAUGCUUACACAAUGGACACAAUUUCCGAGGGCGUUGAGUUUUGGUCAAAGGGUGAGGCGAAGGCCUUGUUUUUGAGGCACGAAGGAUUUCUUGGUGCCUUAGGGGCUCUAAUGAACAGAGAUGAUCUCACCACCGACUUGCUAUCCCAUCGGUUUACACAACAAGGCACCGAAGAUUUAUUUCGCAGCUCAACACCUUUCAGUGUUCAAUGAGUAAUGAAUCCAAAUGCAGGCUGCAGGUAGACUAGUGCGAACCAUACAAAUAAAAACCAGUCUUUUACCAAUCUUGGAUCCAUCAAAGAUAGGAAGGUAAAGGUUUACUUCAUUGUAAUGUAAUGGGUUUUUGUAAAGGACCAUGUUAGGGUCAUUUCACCUCUCACCUCGUCUUUUAUCGCACCUUCUCACCGACAGACACUAACAGACAUAUGUUACUGUUUAUUGUCUAUGAGAAAGUUGGAGUGAAAAGGUGAAGUGAGAGUUGGGAACUUUGGCAUUGUCCUAAUUGUAAAUGCGGCAUGAAUAUUUCGCUCAAAAACUGUAUUUGUAAUACAUUUUGUACUAUCCACUGCCCUAAAAUUGUGGGAAAAGUACAAGGUUGAUGAAAUAUCCUUCUUUAAAGUGGGUCAAUAUGUGGUGAGGUUCCAAACAGAGGAAUAUAGAGAUGCAACUAAAGGAUCUCUGAUCUU